CCAGUUCCAGGCCAAAGCAGAUGCCGACAAGGCCAACAUUAACCUCACUAGGCUCCCAUCUAGAGUGCACUUUACUGCCAGCUUCCGGAGCUCUCUCCCCUCCUCUCCUGUGCUGUGCUGAGGAUGGCCCAUGUCAGGCGAGUCCUUUAGAGGCGGAGUGCCAGGGAAGCGUGUGUCUGUCAGGCUGUAUUACACCAGGGCGACAGUGAUGGGCAGCCUCGGGGACCCAGUCAGAACCACAUUUCCUCCUCCCGCCUCCUCCAGGAACCAGCUCCAUGAUGUGCCAAGAAAAGAACAAUGAUGGAUCCUUUCCAAAUGUGUGUGGACUUUCCAUCUGUCCACUCGGAAUUGAACCCAAAUGGUCCUCACAGCAUGAUCACGGUUAUUCAAAAAAGGUAACAAGGAAGGAGAGAAAGUCACAGACAUGGCUGUAAAAUUGUCUGGGAAAUCUGGCAUGUACCCACCUGUGGAAAAGCUCAACUUGGCAGCAGACCCCAGGAAAAUGCGUAGGAUCAUCGCAGAGGAUCCUGAGUGGUCUCUGGCAGUGGUGCCCCUCUUAUCAAACCUCUGUUUGCAACACAUAAUGAGAAACUUUGAAGACAAGCCCAUUUUAGAAGAGCUUCUCCCAAGUCACAAAGAAUAUGUGUUGGAGAGGCUGUCGCCGUCUCUGCCUCUGUGUGUGACGGCCAACCUGAUCAGCGAUGACGGCUAUUGGAAGCGGUGCUGCACGCUGCGAUGGGGCCUGUGCGAUGUCUCCGAAUACAGUCAAAGCUGGAAACGAAUGUUCUUUGAGAGGCACCUAGAGAACCUCAUAGAGCUUUUCAUCCCAGAUGCGACGGACCCAAAAACGGUCUUGAACAUGAUCCCUCUCUGCAGGAACUAUGUGAGGAGGCUGGAUAUCUCCCAGUUGCUGCCCCCCAUCAAGGAGCCCCAAAAGUCAGAAGAAGAUGACAGUUCAGACUCAGCCAGUGACAUGGGCUUGGAUGGGCCUUCCAUGGACCACUUCGACUUUGGUAUCCUGUUGAACAAGCUAACAAACUUAGAGGAGCUGAACCUGGUCUACAGGGUGAAAGGCUGUGGCAUGAACUUCGAAUGGAACCUGUUUGAGUUCACCUACCGGGAUUGUGAGUCUCUUUCCAAGGCCUUAAAGUCCUGUAAAACCUUAAAGGUGCUGAGGCUCCACCAAAGUAAAGUCGAUGAUGAAAAGUGUCGGAUGUUGGUGAACCAACUUCUGGAUCACCCCACCCUGAAGGAGCUCAAUCUCUCCCACAACCUGAUAGGGGACAGGGGUGCUCGGGCAAUUGGCAAACUGAUCAACCAGAGCAAGCUGGAGACGCUUGACAUCUAUGACAACAGCAUCCAUGGCCCUGGCGCCCAGGCUCUAGCACACGCUUUGUCCAAGAACGCCACCCUUCUGUCCCUCAACAUGCGUCUGAACCGCCUGGGGGACGAGGGAGGCCAGGCCAUUGGCCAGUCUCUGCUGAAGAACCACACCCUGCUCCACUUACACCUGGGGAGCAACAAGAUGAGCAAGCCCACCGCCGUAGUCCUCUCUCAGGUCCUGGUUCACAACAAGACCCUCAAGAGCAUCAAUCUCUCCUGCAACAGACUGGGUGUGGAUGGAGGCAAAGUGCUGGAGGAGGGGAUGUCUCACAACACCACGGUCAUGGAAUGUGACAUUCGCCUGACGGAGGUGGGUCAGGAGAGUGAUUACUGCAUCAACCAGGUGGUACGAAACAACCAGAACAGAGCAUGCCGAAAACGUGCCCAAGAGAACCACGCUAAGUAAACCUCAGAGCAUUUGUAUAAAAUACAUAACCCUCUUUAUGAUUCCGUUAUCCCUUUAUCUUCUUCUUGUGGCCAUGCCUGUAUUGUGUAAACUCUGUAUUUAGCGAUGAACUCUCUACACAACUAUCAGUCCUGGAACGGCAUUCCCGGUACGGAAUGGUGUCACAUGACUAAGUGGGAUGUUAUGAAUUGGCACUGUCCAAAGGUCAUGGAUGAACAUGGACAUGGAAAUGUAUUCUUAGAGGACUGAAUGUGCUUAAAAUAUACAAAUAAACUACCAAAUGCCACUUUAAUUUUGACAUUC